ACACAGUUGUAGAGAGAGAAAGAAGGGGGUCCGGGCAGUGUGGCUAUGGUGGGUGACCAAUAUAUCCAAAAGCCUCUAUCCCCAAACCCAAGUCCCUAUAAGUCCUCUCCAAAGCUUUUGUUUUUUGGGUUGGCCCUUGGAUUUGGGGUAAAAAGCCUUGAGUGAGAGAGAGAGUGAGAGAGAGAGAGCCAACCAAGCUAAUCUGCCUCUCCUCCAAACUCUCCACUUUAUUCUCUCUUCAAAUUCGAUACUUUGCUCUGUACCCAAAACGAGGUUUUGUUUUGUUUUGUUUUUGUUUUUUUUUUUUUUUUGGUUGAGUUUCAUGGGUUUGAGCUUAAAAAAAACUCUCUCUCACUCUCACUGUCUCUCUCUUUUAUGUCUCCUGCUGCCUGCAUUGUCUUGUUCUAUCAUCAGAAUCUCAUAGUCCUACUUCUACACAUUUAGGCACUCUCUCUCUCUCUCUCUCUUUGGUUCCCUUUCAAAAAUCCUCUGUUUUCUCUAGAGUCAAAACACUGAAAAUAAGAAGUGAAACGCAGCAAUACCACAAUUGCUCAUCUGGGUUUUGUUGGGUUUUAUAGUUGUGUGUGGAAACCCAGGAAAGAAAAUGCCAAGAUACUGGGAUUUUCCCUGUUCCCUUACUUUUUUUCUUCUCUUCAUUACUUGAAGAAACAGAGUGCUCUGUUAUAUUCUAUUGAAAAUCAGUGAGUUUUCUCCCAUUGUUUUGAGCACUAACUAGGGGGUUUGCUUUCAUUUCUUGGUUGAUUCUAGAGAGAAAAUACAAACUCAGUUUCUGGAUAUUUCUUUUUGGUUCCUGAGAGUUUGAUUUUGCUAUAUAGUCUUAGUUUUCAUUUUUUUUUUCCCACAUUCAAAUUCCCUUUCCAAGUAAUAGUUGAAAUUAGGUUCUGUAAAUCUGGAUAGCUAUAUGAAGUUAGUGCAACAAUGAGAGAUGGGAAUUCCAAGAAAAGCAAGGUUUAUGAAAUGCCAUCACUUCUCUUUAAUCUCUUUCAUGGCCCAAGACAUUAGUCAAGAAAUGGUUCAACAUCAAGAGCAAAGCUGAGGACUUUCACGCAGAUGAUGUCGUUGAUGGAGGUGGUGAUGAAGAGUGGAGGAAUAACUAUUCAGAGAGGGAAGCAUGCACAAUCAAGAAAAGCAAAACAGAGAGAAUGAACAAAAGGAACUCUGAUCGAGUCCGGCGUGGUAAGAUUGACCUUGAUGCUUCCCAAGUAACAGAUGUGAAUAAUUAUAGGCUUUUUGUAGCUACAUGGAAUGUGGCUGGAAAAUCUCCUCCUAGUUGUUUGAGUCUUGAAGAUUGGCUUCACACCUCUCCUCCUGCUGACAUUUAUGUUCUUGGGUUUCAAGAAAUUGUUCCUUUGAAUGCUGGCAAUGUCUUAGGCACAGAAGAUAAUGGCCCGGCCAGAAAAUGGCUAGCUCUUAUUAGGAAGACCUUGAACAGUCUUCCGGGCACUAGUGGUGGAUGCCACACACCUUCACCAAUCCCUGAUCCAAUAGUGGAAUUAGAUGCUGACUUUGAAGGAUCAACAAGGCAGAAGGCUUCAUCUUUUUUCCAUCGUCGAUCUUUCCAAUCCUUGAGCCGGAGCAUGAGAUUGGACAAUGACAUGGCAAUGCCACAACCCCGACUUGAUCGUCGAUUUAGUGUUUGUGACAGGGUCUUUUUGGGUCACAGGCCAAGUGACUGUGACCUGAAUUUCAGAUAUGGCUCCUCUGAUGAUGAGAAUGGGCCAGGGGAUUCACCAGUGGCAAUGCAUUAUUCACCGGUAUCCUACAGUGGUUCUUUUUCCAUGGAGGAAAGAGAUAGGCAGCCAGGCCAUUCUAGGUACUGUUUGGUUGCCAGUAAGCAAAUGGUUGGUAUAUUUCUAACAGUUUGGGUGAAGAGUGAUCUCAGGGAUGAUGUUCGGAACAUGAAAGUGUCUUGUGUGGGGAGGGGACUAAUGGGUUAUCUUGGAAACAAGGGUUCAAUUUCAAUUAGCAUGUCUGUGCACCAAACAAGCUUUUGCUUCGUGUGUAGCCAUUUGACCUCUGGCCAGAAGGAGGGCGAUGAGCUAAGGAGAAACUCUGAUGUCAUGGAGAUCCUUAGGAAGACAAGGUUUCCCAGGGUUCAUGGCAUGGGGGAUUCAGGUUCCCCUCAAACAAUUCUGGAACACGAUCGAAUAAUCUGGCUAGGGGAUUUGAAUUAUCGCAUUGCACUAUCUUACCGUUCUGCAAAGGCUCUUGUUGAGAUGCGCAAUUGGAGAGCACUGUUAGAAAAUGAUCAGCUGCGAAUAGAGCAGAGGCGAGGGCGUGUUUUUGAAGGAUGGAAUGAAGGAAGAAUAUACUUCCCUCCCACAUACAAGUAUUCAAACAACUCUGAUAGAUAUGCAGGGGAUGAUAGGCACCCCAAGGAGAAGCGAAGAACUCCAGCAUGGUGUGAUCGAAUAUUAUGGUAUGGCCGAGGCUUCCAUCAAUUAUCAUAUGUUCGUGGGGAGUCAAAAUUCUCGGAUCAUAGACCAGUUUAUAGUGUGUUCUUGGCAGAGGUUGAGUCUUUAAACCGUAGUAGGAUCAGAAAAAGCAUGAGUUGUUCCAAUGCCAGGAUCGAGGUUGAAGAGCUGUUGCCAUACCCACACGGAUACACUGAUGUCAAUUUCUUUUGAGGGAUGGAUAACUUAAUGCUUCAUGUUUGAGUAUUCUCAACUUGCAACAAUUAAAACAGGACUAGAAACUCUUUGAGACUAUAAACAGGAUUUCCUCCAUAUGCAAAAUCCAAUGAUCAAAAUACAUUUCUCAGAUUUUCCAACCCAAGUACGUCUCAUCAAUCAGUCAGCUCUGUAUGCUGCCAAGAACUCAACCUCAAUGGUGAUAGAGACAUCUGUUGCCCCCACAAUCCGAAAGAAGGUACCAGAAUUUGUGAUUUUGUCAAAUGACCAACUCCACAAGUUCAUGGCUCACAAUUCCUUUCAUUGCAAAGUCCUAACUGACAAGCUCAAUGACUCCUUGAAUUUAACCAGUACAUACAAUCUUGUUGAUAAUGAUGAACUCACCCAGUUUAAAUUCCAGAAGCACCAACUUUUUUUGGUGUCUAAUUAACUUGUAACUCUUUAUGUUGAAGAGGAAAGAAAUAAUCUCAGGGAGAUAUUUACGCCAAAGGAAAAUGAAAGGAGGAAAAUAAUCAUUUUGUCAUUUUCUUUUUGUUUCUUUCUAUGCUGAGAAGAUAGAAGAAUUAGAGAUGUGAU